AUGCCUUACAAAGACACUUGCAAUAUCAGUGUCCAGGAAAUGAAGCAGCAGGACGGGGUCGGCGAGCAGCAGGGUGAGGAGCUUUUCCGUCCGGGACCUGCUUCAGCUCCCCGACAACCCGGACAAAGGUACGACACAGCGCUACUUGUGUUUCUCGUAGAUCCUGCAGCAGCGCCUCCCUCCACACUUUGCUGGUGGCGAGCACUCACUCUGGUGGACGACGGGGGCGGCGUCCUGGCCUCCUCCGAGAAGGUCCUGCCGCACCUCGACGACUGCAACCCCAUCCAGGCGGCGGCGGACUCGACCGAGAACACGAAUGUCGUCGAGGACGAGCCCGAGGAGGACAUGGAGGGCGUGGAGGUAUCCGACGAGCCCGAGGACGGCCAGGAGCACCACGGCCGCAAGAGGAAGCGCCGCAUCCUGUUCACCAAGUCCCAGACCUACGAGCUGGAGCGGCGCUUCCGCCAGCAGCGCUACCUGUCGGCGCCGGAGCGGGAGCACUUGGCCUCGCUCAUCAACCUCACACCGACGCAGGUAAAAAUAUGGUUCCAGAACCAUCGCUACAAAACCAAGAAACUCUACCGCGAGAAAGGCCUCCCCUCCACGCUGGAGAACCCCUACGUGCCGACGUCGAACCCCCUGGGCUCGCUGCCGAGUGCGCUGCGCCGCCUGACGGUGCCCCUCCUGGUGCGCGAGAGGCUGUCGUCGGUGACCAGCAGCAGCGGCCGGACAGACGCCCUGCCCCACGAGACGUCGAGCUCCCUGCUGGAGCCCCGACUGCCGCCGCCCCUGCACAUGGCGCCGUCGGUAGCCUUCCCGGGGCUAUUUUCUGGUCUGUUCGGGGCAUCCCAGGGCCUGCUCCCUCCGGCCCUGUCGCAGAACCCUCUCCCUCACGCCCUGGCAGCCUCCCUCACCUCCUCCCUGCUGCUGCCGUCCCACCCGCUCUUCUCGACGGCCUCCUCCCUGUCCACGCCGCUGUCCCUGUUCUCCACGCCCCCCGCCAGCUCCACCGGCGUCGCCCCCAGCAUCGCCCCCGUCACCGUGCUGGAAGGGGGCAGUCGCUCGGCCUCGUCCUCGCCGGUGACGUCCCUCUCGCCGCCGCGGCCUCCCUCGCCCGUCACGAGUGCGUCCGCGGAGACCUCCGUCAGCGCCCCGGCACAGGUGGCCUCCCGCUGGUGA